AUGACAGACUCUAACGUUAAAGUCAAUAUCUGUCCCAUUGAGGAACAUGAACAUGAACAUGAAUAUGAACAUGAACACACUUUUUUGAAGAAAAGAAUCCAAUAUAGACGUAAAAGUACUUCAAUUGUAAGUAAAACAACCGACACUAUUCAAGAUAAUAUCGUUACCACAACUACAACUACCACCACAACAACUACAAGCACCACAAAGACCAAUUACAUCUAUUACAAAAAACUCUGCACAUUCCAUGAGUUACCAUCCUGGCAAAGAGAUAACGAUAAAAUUUUAAGUGGUUACGUGAAAGAAACGAACUCUUUUAGACACUGUCUAUUAUCCCUGUUUUAUUUCCAUAACGAAUCCAUCAACGUCUACUCACAUUUAAUCCCAUCGAUCAUAUAUAUGGCAUUAGGCAUCUUCCUACUAGACAAACUUUGUAUCAAAGUUUUCCCAAGUACCACCCUAUACGAUUAUAUCUUCAUCAACAUCUUCUUACUGGGUUGUGGUACUUGUCUCCUAUUCAGUGGAUGUUUCCAUUGUCUGAAACAACAUUCAGAGAGACAGAGCAUCCUGUGGUCCAAGAUAGACUACAUCGGAAUCAUUCUGCUGAUCUCCUGCUCCAUGAUCUCGGUCAUCUACUAUGGCUAUUUCGACCAUCCAAAUAUCAUGUUCUCCUUCAUCGCCAUGGUGGUGGUCCUUGGCAGCCUGUGUUCCCUCGUGGUCACCAACGACGUCUUCAACCAACAGCACUGGAAACACGUCAGAGCCACAUUCUUUGUCACCUUUGGAUUAAGCGGUUCUGUCCCCAUGAUCUUCGGCAUAAUCAAAUUCGGCUAUCUGGAAGUCCUGAACCGGAUAUGUCUUAAAUUUAUCUGGCUGGAAACUAUGUUCUAUUUGCUAGGUGCCAUAGUAUACGGCUGCAAAUUACCUGAGUCUCUGUUGAUGCCAGGGGCCGUGGACCUGUUGGGUAAUUCACAUCAGAUGUUUCAUUGCAUGGUAGUUCUAGGUUCAAUAUGCCAUUGUAAAGCUGUUUUCGAAUCCUAUAAUCUAUUACAUACAAGGUAUACCUCUAUGUAA